AUGGCUCAAUCCUCUGCCCCCCAGAAUCCGACUGGUGAGCCCGCGGCUCCCGUCGUGAGCCCUCCCCCUCAGGCCGAUGACCAGACGAGAAACCAGAACGCCGAUGCUGUUGCUGUGCCUCCGAAGGUGAAAACCGAGAAAGAUUUGGAGAAGGAGCGCAAAAAGGCCGAGAAGGCGAAGAAGUUCGCCGAAAAGAAGGCCAAGGCUGCUGCGGCCAAGCCCGCUGCCCCCAAGGCCGAGAAGAAGCCCAACAAGGUCGAGAAGGAAAAGACCACCGACGCCUACGACCCGAGGACCAUCGAGACCGGACGGUAUGAAUGGUGGGAGGAGCGCGGGCUGUUCAAGCCCGAAUUCGGUUCCGACAACAAGGUCAAGCCCGAGGGUGCCUUCGUCAUCCCUAUCCCUCCCCCCAACGUGACCGGCUCCCUCCACAUGGGUCACGCCUUGACCAACGCCCUCCAAGACACCAUGAUCCGCUGGGAGCGCAUGAGGGGCAAGACGACCCUGUGGCUCCCGGGUAUGGACCACGCCGGUAUCUCCACGCAGAGCGUUGUCGAGAAGAUGCUCUGGAAGAAGGAGCAGAAGACCCGUCACGACCUCGGCCGUAAGGAGUUCACGGACCGUGUGUGGGCGUGGAAGCACGAGUACCAUGCCAACAUCAAGAACGCCCUGCAGAGAGUCGGUGGUUCGAUGGACUGGUCCCGUGAGGCCUUCACGAUGGAUCCCAACCUGUCCGCUGCCGUCACCGAGACCUUCGUCCGCCUCCACGAAGAGGGCAUCAUCUAUCGCGCCAACCGCCUGGUCAACUGGUGUGUGGCCCUGAACACGUCGCUGUCCAACCUGGAGGUCGAGAACAAGGAGGUCGAGGGACGCACCCUGUUGGAUGUGCCGGGCUACGAGCGGAAGGUCGAGUUCGGUGUCCUGACGCACUUCUGCUACGAGGUCGAUGGAAGCAAGGAGAAGAUCGAGAUCGCUACCACCCGUCCCGAAACCAUGAUUGGCGAUAGCGGUAUCGCCGUCCACCCCGAAGACAAGCGUUAUCAGCACCUGAUCGGCAAAAACGCCCGCCACCCCUUCAUUGACCGGUUGAUGCCCAUCGUCGCCGACCCCGAUGUCGACCCCGAGUUCGGUACCGGUGCCGUGAAGAUCACCCCCGCUCACGAUUUCAAUGAUUUCAACCGUGGAAAGGCCCACAACCUCGCCUCUAUCUCUGUCAUGAACGACGACGGUACCUUCAACAAGCAGGCCGGUCCCUUCGCCGGAAUGAAGCGCUUCGAUGCCCGUUACAAGGUGAUCGAGAUGCUGAAGGAGAGGGGCUUGUACGUCAAGUGGGAGAACAACCCCAUGAAGAUCCCCCGCUGUGCCAAGUCCAACGAUGUCAUCGAGCCCAUCCUCAAGCCCCAGUGGUGGAUGAAGAUGAAGGACCUGGCCGAGCCCGCCAUCAAGGCCGUUGAGGACGGCGAGAUCAAGAUCAAGCCCGAAUCCGCCGAGAAGAGCUACUUCCGCUGGAUGCACAACAUCAACGACUGGUGUCUGUCCAGACAGCUUUGGUGGGGUCACCAGGCCCCAGCCUACCUCGUGAAGAUCGAGGGCGAGGAUACCGACGAGAGCGACGGCAACUACUGGGUCACCGGCCGUACCGAGGACGAGGCCCGGACCAAGGCCGAGGCCAAGUUCCCCGGCAAGAAGUUCUCCCUGGAGCGCGACCCUGACGUUCUCGACACCUGGUUCUCUUCCGGAUUGUGGCCCUUCUCCACUCUGGGUUGGCCCCGCCAGACCCACGACCUGGAGAACCUCUACCCUACCACCGUCCUGGAGACCGGUUGGGAUAUCCUGUUCUUCUGGGUUGCCCGUAUGAUCAUGCUGGGUAUCAAGAUGACCGGCAAGAUUCCUUUCAAGGAGGUGUACUGCCACUCUUUGAUCCGUGACUCCGAGGGCCGGAAGAUGUCCAAGUCUCUGGGUAACGUGAUUGACCCUCUGGACGUUAUGGAGGGCAUUGCCAUCAACGACCUUCACGCCAAGCUGCUCACCGGUAACCUUGCCGACAAGGAGGUUGCCACUGCCACCAAGUACCAGAAGAAGGCGUUCCCCAAGGGUAUCCCUGAGUGCGGUGCUGAUGCUUUGCGCUUUGCCUUGGUGUCUUACACCACCGGUGGUGGUGACAUCGCCUUUGACAUCCAGGAGGUUAACGCCUCUCUGGAAUCGCGCGACUUCAACAACUCUGCCGUCGUCAUCUACCAGUACUGGUACGCGCAGCUGUGCGAUGUCUUCAUCGAGAACUCGAAGUACCUGCUGUCGCCCGACGCCCCCGCCGAAAUGCAGGAGUCGGCCAAGCAGACACUCUACACGGCCCUCGAGGGCGCCCUGGCCCUGAUCCACCCCAUCAUGCCCUUCCUCACCGAGGAACUGUGGCAGCGUCUUCCCCGCCGUCCCGACGACAAGACCAUCUCGAUCAUGAAGGCCAAGUUCCCCGAGUUCGACCCGUCGUUCCACAACCCCGAGGCUGAAGCCGCCUACGAGCUCAUCCUGAACACCUCCAAGGCCAUCCGCUCGAUCCUGGCUUCGUACGAGAUCAAGACCAAGGGUGACAUCGUCAUCUCGACCUACGACGAGGCCAGCUACAAGGCCGUCUGCGACGAGAUCACGAGCAUCAAGUCCCUGGGUGGCAAGACCCUCGGUGAGCUCACCGUGCGGGGCCCUGACAACCCGACCCGUCCCGCUGGAUGCGUCGUUGCCCCCGUCAACACCCAGGCCUCUGUCUACCUCCGCGUGUCCAAGGAGGUCGCCCUCGAGCAGGAGGAGAAGGCCAAGGCGAGCCUGGACCGCUCCCUCGACGUUGUGCGCCGCCAGCAGGGCCUCAUCGGCUCUGCCGCGUGGCAGUCAAAGGCUAAGCCGGAGUAUAUAAAACCCAAGAACCCGCGCACCGCGCGGCUGCUCAAAGCCAAAGAGCCCCAGCAAGUCGAACCGCCGAAGCGCACCCUGCUGCUGCACGGAUCGAAAUGCCCAGGCCCUCUGCAAACCGUCCUGAAGACCUUCCACUCGCUGACGCGGCCGAACUCGGUCCUCUUCCACAAGAAGAACGAGAACAUCCACCCGUUCGAGAACACCGAGAGUCUCGAAUUCCUGGCCGACAAGAACGAGUGCGGCGUGGUGGUGUUCGGGAGCAGCUCGAAGAAGCGGCCUAACUCGGUGACGCUGGCGCGCAUCUUCAACGCCAAGGUGCUCGACAUGGCGGAGCUGAUGCUGCUGCCUCGUCCGGAUGGCGAGGAGAACCCCGCUAUGAACAGUCUGAGCAUGGAGGUGGGUGUGGGCAUGCGGCCUUUGAUGAUUUACUCCGGGAGUGCGUGGGAUGAUAUGACGUCUACGCCGCAUCAGAUGCUGAAGAGCAUGUUUGUGGAUAUGUUCAAGGGCGAGACGUCGGAGAAGAUCGAUGCCGAGGGGCUGCAGUAUGCGCUUAUGCUGGCGGCUGAUGAGCCCACCGAGGGGCUGGCGCCUGUGAUUCACCUGCGGUGGUUUAAGAUCCGCACGAAGCGCAGCGGGCACAAGCUGCCGCGGGUGGAGCUGGAUGAGUUCGGGCCUAAGUUUGAUUUCAAGGUCGGCCGUCUGCAUGAGGCGCCUCGCGACCUCAUGAAGGAGGCUAUGAAGCAGGGCAAGCGGCCGAACGAGGACUUCAAGAUGAAGAAGAACAUCACCGUGGACUCGAUCGGUGACAAGGUCGGCCGGGUGCAUCUGGCCAAGCAGGAUCUGGGCGGCCUGCAGACCCGCAAGAUGAAGGGUCUGAAGCGGCGCGCGGGGAUGGAGUCGGAUGAGGAGGAUGCCGAGAUGAUGGAUGUCGAUGAUGAUGAGGAGAUUUCGGAGGAUGAGGGACACAAGAGGGCGAGGACUGCAUGA